UGCUGCGGACAGUUGUUCUGUCGCUGUCGACCAGCUCGUGGCCCGGCUGCCGAAACGGAACGUGACGCGUCGUAUACGCUAUAAAUUCGAAAAACAAUGCUGAACAUAUCAGCGGACAACUUGACGGAGCUGCUGCAGGGACUGGAGCCGCACGAUCUGUUGACUAAUCAGACGCACUCGCACGCAAUGGCCACCCACAUGGGUCUAUUAGCCACGCUCAGCAUUGGCUAUGCCCUCAUCUUUGUCGCCGGCGUGCUGGGCAACCUAAUCACCUGCAUUGUCAUCUCGAGGAAUAAUUUCAUGCACACGGCCACAAAUUUCUAUCUAUUCAAUUUGGCCAUAUCGGAUCUCAUACUUCUGUGCUCGGGCAUGCCCCAGGAUCUGUAUAACCUCUGGCACCCAGACAACUAUCCCUUCUCAGACGGCAUUUGCAUACUGGAGAGCGUGCUGUCCGAGACGGCGGCCAAUGCCACCGUCCUCACCAUCACCUCGUUCACCGUGGAGCGCUACAUUGCCAUUUGCCAUCCGUUCAGGCAGCACACCAUGUCCAAACUUUCGCGUGCCAUCAAGUUCAUCUUUGCCAUUUGGAUAGCCGCCCUGUUGCUCGCCCUGCCGCAGGCCAUUCAAUUCUCUGUAGUCACACAGAGUCCGGGCUCAUCAUGUACGAUGAAUAACGACUUUUUUGCACAUGUCUUCGCCGUGUCCGGCUUUCUGUUCUUUGGCGGCCCGAUGACGGCUAUCUGUGUGCUGUACGUGCUCAUCGGGAUCAAGCUGAAGCGUAGUCGUCUGCUGCAGGCGCUGCCGCGUCGCAGCUACGAUGUUAAUCGCGGCAUCAGCGCCCAGACGCGCGUCAUCCGGAUGCUGGUCGCUGUGGCUGUUGCCUUCUUCAUUUGCUGGGCGCCCUUCCACGCACAGCGCCUGAUGGCUGUCUACGGCUCCACCUUUGGCGUCGAGUCGCAGUGGUUCAACGACGUCUUCAAUGUGUUGAACUAUACAUCCGGCGUGCUCUACUUUCUGUCCACCUGCAUCAAUCCGCUGCUGUACAACAUAAUGAGUCACAAGUUUCGCGAGGCAUUCAAGGUCACUCUGGCGCGUCAAUUCCGUCUCUCUGGCAAGCAUCAGGGUCACGGCUUGCCACACAACUAUAGCGCACUGCGGCGCAAUCAAACGGGCUCGCUACGUCUGCACACAGAUAGCGUGCGAACCACCACGACUCUGACUACACUGAAUGGUUGCAGCAGCAAUGGGGCUGCAGUUGGCGGGUCACGCAACUCGCAGCGCUUGCAGCGAGGUUCGAUCAACAGUUCGCAUGCCACAUUGCUGAGCACGCAGAGUCGCAGCAGGCAGGAUUUGUUUGCGGCACGUGUGGCAGGAGUGGAUGCGGCAGCAGUAACUGCUGCAGCAACAGCAGCCGCAACACAUCCACAUCGCACGCUGCAGACACAAAUUUCACAAUUGUCUUCGGUGGGCGAUGCUCACUCGCUGCUGGAGGCGGACCUGCAGUGGCCCGACGAGCAUUAUGAGCUGGCUGCCCGGCAUAAGUGCGCGCAUACAGCGAUGGGCGCCAUUGACGAGCUGAGCUCUCAAUCAAGUGCUGUGGGCGGGACUGCCGCUGGAGGUCCAUCCCGGUCACGUGUUAAGCUAACGCGCAUCACACGACAGCCACAGCUACAGACGAGUGGCGCACUAGCCAGCGAUUCAGCAACAGCAGCAGCAGCUGCUGGGGCAAAGCCAACGGGCAGUGGCAAAGUGCGCAAGGCAAAGGCUAAGCGCUCAAAUACGCUCAAGGGUCUCAGAGCCAAAUUGAAUUGGCGUAGCCGGCAGAAGGAGGAGGAGAAGGAGGCAAGCGUCAACAACGAUGUCGCUGAUGGCCAACGAGCGCUGCCGACAAGUGAGGCAUCAACGCCAAGUGUCGUUUACUAAGCACACUUCAACUUGGGUUAGUCAGUCAGUCCAUUCCAGAUAGGGGACAGGUACUCGUAACUGUGAUAAGAGCAGCAGCAGCAGCAGCAGCAGCAGCACACAUACUACAACAACUCUAACAAACAUAAAUAAUUCCAAUUUGUGGCCAGCUUAGAGCCAACUCUAUUCCUAGCAAAUACUUAGCCAUAUAUAUGUGUAUUCGUUACGUUACUGAUCUGCUCGCAUGUGUCUCACUUUCUCCUAAUA